AUGCCUAUAUUAGCUCUUUAUCUGCUACAAGGCUGGGCUCCAGAAGAAUGCUGGAAACAAUAUUUUCCUGAUGUAAAUUAUUCCGAUUAUGGCAAUGUUAUUGAUCCAGAAAUUAAAUAUAAUGCCGAAAAUAAGGAAUCCUAUAUUACAUUCAAGUCAAUUUUUUAUCAUAUUAAUAAGGAUGUAAUUGUAUCGACAAAAGCUAAUGAUCCAUCUAAUAUUCUUAUUUAUGCAUCAAUCUUUUAUGAUGUAGGGUCAACUUACACAAUUAGCAUUUCUUACGCGACAAAGAUGAUUUGUAAUAAAGCUUGCUUCACUAAUACAGUAUCAACAAUUAAAAUAUCUACAGGAAAAGCGUUGAAUGGUGAACUUAAUUCAUUUUUUUCCUCGAAUAGGGCAGAAUGUUAUCUAAAUCUAAAAUUAUCGUUUAUGUUCAUUGAAAAUUCCAAUAUUUCAAAAUGCUCUGAUUAUGCCAUAACUAAACCAUAUAGGCCUAAUUAUUCAGAGUCUUGUGUACUUUCGUAUAUUUUCUUUAGUCAUUGUGGUGGUCCUGCAUCCAGCAACGGAUAUGCAUUAAUGACUUAUGGAGAAUUUUAUUUGAGAGAUUCUGUAAUUCAAUAUUUUAAAAAUGAACAUGGAACAAGCUUGGGAAACCUCAUUUAUUAUGAAGGAUAUAAUGAACUUCAAGUGAAAGGGUGUAAUUUUAUCGAAAAUUCUAACUUUCAAUACUUGAUUUAUAGCGAUUUUAAUAGGGUUUCUAUUGUUUCGUCAUUCUUUUCAAAUAAUAAUAAUAUUCCAACAAUUAAUAUCGAGAUAUCGUCAUUUUCUACUGUUACAGACAAAAAUUCAAUAUCAACAUCAUAUGAUAAUUGCAAACUAUUUAAUAAUGAUAUUGUUAAUUAUUAUGAAAUCAAUUUUUUGAGGCACCAUUUUUAUCCAUACCUUAAAAGGACAAAUGUUGAUAUCAAAGUAAUAAUAUCUCAAAAACUGAAGGUUACAUAUGAAUUAGAUAAUGGGGUUACAGUUAAUAAUUUUUUCUGGAAUAGAAUUGAUAAUGAUUAUGAUUUCGAUUUCAUUAUUCCUGAUAAUUAUGCAUUUGAAAAUCACUAUAUUGAUUUCACAAUUCAAUUCUACAACGGAAAUACUGCAAAUAAAAGAAUUAAUAUUUGGUACAAGCCAAUACCAUUUGAAUUUUAUUCUAUAAAUAUCCAAGAUGGAACACCUCUCAAAAUAGAAUAUAAGUUACAAAAAACAGAUUUAACUAGUAAUCCAGUUUUUAUCAUGAAAUAUUUUGGUUCAGAUAUUGAAGUAACCAACUCAAGGAGAUUAUCCGGAAAUUUAUAUUUGUAUGAAUGUUUAAUUGAUAUUGAUAAUUUUCAAGAGGGAACAUACAAUAUUGAAUACUAUGCAGAAGAUAAAAAUAUUGAAUAUAAUACCUCAUCUAACAGAUUAUCAAUUUCAGUGGCAAGUAUACCACCAGAAUUUAGUAUGGUCAUGUUAAAUCAAACAGAAUUAGUAUUUGGUGAAGAUGAAUUCAUUACAUUACAAGGCGGAGUUUCAUACAAUAAUAUAAAUAAAGAUCUAACAUUGACUCCGAUUAUUGAUGGAAAAGCAUUAUCAAAACAAAUCACAAUAAAUAUUAAAAAUAAAUCAACACAUAGCUUUACUUUUAAUAUUCCAUUUAGUGAUUUAACAUCAGGACCUCAUUCAAUUAAAAUCAAAGUUCGUGAUCCAAACUCAAAAGAAGUAUUUUCAGAUACACUUAACUUCAUUAUUAAAAUACCAUUGAAAAUAAAUUUAUCUAAUACUUCAAAAGCAACAGUUUUAUUAUCCCCAACAACAACAGUACUUUUAAAUGGAAAUGGAAUUGCAGAUUUUAAUUCAAAACAAUAUUCAAUUAAAACAUCAAUCAAUGAAACAUUGAUUAGCAAUUCAAUUCGAAUAACUCAAGGAUCAUCUCAUUCAUAUACAUUUUCAGGUAAUCUGCAAAUUCCAAACUAUUUGAAAGAAGGAAAUUAUUAUAUAAAAGUUUGGAUUACAGAUAAUUCAAUCUCUUCAGAUAAAAUACAAAAAGAAUUAUUUAUUUUCAGAAAUCCACCAGAACUUACAAUUACAUGUGAACAAAAUCAAACAUUUAUUCAAAAUGUAAACAAAUUAAUCAAUAUUACUGGAAAAGUGAUCGAUAAUGAUGGAUUUGAUAAUAUUACAAUUUUUUAG